AUGGAUUCAGACAACUCCAUGAAUCCCUUUGGUCAGUCUCCUGGCUUCUUCGACUUGCUACAAAGUCAGCAUGAAACCCACAUGCUUGUUGACUCUCCAUAUGAGAGUCAAUGUUCUGAUGCCCCACCUGCAGCUGUAUCCCCUGUUGGUAACCGCAGAGCAAGGCAUACAUGGUUACCAGCAGAUGAUCUGAUGCUUGUCAGCUCAUGGCUGAACACGAGCAAGGAUGCUAUAACUUCAAACGAGCAAAGACGUGGAGCCUUCUGGGGAAUGAUAGCGGAUUACGUUGCAGAUUGUCCGAAUGCUGUAGGCCGACCAAAGAGAGAGUCCAGUCAUUGUAAGCAGCGGUGGGGUAAGAUCAACGAGAAUGUGUGCAAGUUUGUAGGUUGCUAUGAGGCUGCGACAAGGGAGAAAACAAGUGGGCAGAACGAAGAUGACGUUAUGAAGCUAGCAAACCAGAUCUACUUCAAUGAUCACAAAAAGAAAUUCAUGUUUGAGCAUGCUUGGCGAGAGCUUAGAUAUAAUCAAAAGUGGUGCUUGUCCACAUCUUCUAAAGGGACUGGGGUGAAAAGGACACGGGUGGGUGGUUCUAUAGAUCCUUCAAGUUCCCAACCGGUGGAUGUUGAGGCUGAUCCAAUGAUGACUCGUCCUCCUGGUAUUAAGGCUGCAAAGAGAAAGGCCAAGAAGAACAGCAACUCACAAGCGGAUGUUGAGGCUGAUCCGAAAGCUUGGUUGGAGUUUCAGAUGCAAGAGGUUGCGAGAAUGUAUGAGAUGAAGCAAAAGGAUUUUGCUUUGAAAGAGAUGGAGUUUGUAAUGAAAGAGAAGCAUAGUAAGCAUGUGCUGGUUGAAAAUCUCAUUUCAAAAAAUGAUUCACUUACUGAAUCAGAAAAAGCUUUAAAGAACAAGCUUAUUGGUGACAUGUUGUCAUCAGUUUGA